AUGGGCCACUUCAAGGUCUAUGUCCAACUCAGGGACACAGCAACAGCUGUAGAGCCUCCUAAUCCAUCGCCACAGUGCGCCCAGCCACAGUGCGCCCAGCCACAGUACAAGCGUCAAAAGCUCACAGGCUGUGGGGUGUACAAGACAGUCCGGAGGGUGCUUGACAUGGACGGCUGGUAUUAUAUGGGGACAGAGUAUUCUUACAGAGGCUGGUAUUAUAUGGGGACAGAGUACCUGGAGUGCCGCCUCUGUAAGAAGCUACUAGCAGGAUGGUCGCUGGAGGUCUUGAACCAGCUGGACACAAGUGGUCAGGCUGAGAGAGAGGACACUGGGGAACAGUGUGACCAGGCUGUACAACCAGCUGAGGGAGCAGCACAGCCUGACCUGGAUGAGUCGGACCCUGUACUGACCCUGUACUACCGGUCUGUCUGUGACCACUUUGUAGUCCCAGGUGCUGCACCACUGAGGGUAACACCUCCUCCUCCCUUUUUGGAUGUGCCCUCAGCCCAGUGGCUGCUGACUGUCCACGGCUACGACGUUCUGUUCCAGCUAGAGGACUUCAAGGCCAGAGUCACCUCCAUCUUUGGGUCCAUCCUGAAGAUGGAUUCAACCAAGAAGGUGACCAAGAAACUAGCUGGGACAGCAGCGUGGGCCACAAAUGUUGUCAAUGAGUACGGCCAGGUGCUCAUUACGGUCCUCACUGACAGUGAAGGGGAGGGUCUGCUCGACAGGGCAGCUGGCCUCCAGCAGCGCUACAGUAGAUCUGGAGUGGCACCUCCCAAGCUGCUCUCUGUCGACCGGGACUGCUGCACCCUGAUGGGAAAGGGGAAGACGGCAGCCAUGUUCAGCCAGUGGGAUGAGCUCAUCGUCCGGCUGGAUGUGUGGCACCUCAUCCGUCGUUUUGCUCGGGGAGUGACCACAGAGAGCUCGGGGAAUGACCACAGAGAGCUCGGGGAGUGACCACAGAGAGCUCGGGGAGUGACCACAGAGAGCUCGGGGAGUGACCACAGAGAGCCAUCCCCUGUAUGCUCUCUUUUUGUGGCGGCUCUCCUCCUGCAUGUUGGUGUGGUGUGCUGUGCAGAUGAUGUGGAGCACCUGCUGGAGGCCAAGCGAGGUGAGCUCAUGGAG